AUGCCUUGAAUCUUCAAAUUACCGAGGCUGAUAUUGCACGCUGACCACUACUAUCUUAUGAAGCGUAAAGCUGUCGACUUGUCCUGUCAGAUUGAGCCAGGUUGGCGUGGUGCAACAAUGGCUGAUGUACACUGGAUGAAGGAUGGUGUUCCGAUAGGCGAGCUUGAGAGCAGUAUCCACGAUGAACUGCUUGCCAACGGACCAACGUAA